AUGAAGGAGGAAACUUCUCUUUAUUCAGGGCAGAUUAAUCCUGGUGACAACAUCUCCUGUACUUUGAAAGGACAUGAGGAUUACCACUCUCCUUCAGUGUAUGAUCCAAAGCUUCCCUCUGUGUCAGUGAGUCCCUCUGGUGAGAUAGUGGAGGGCAGUUCAGUGACUCUGACCUGUAGCAGUGAUGCUAACCCAGCAGCUAAAUACACCUGGUACAAGAAGAAUGUAAAUCCAGAACUUCAACCUCUCAGUAAAGAACGACAGCUUGUCUUCAGCUCCAUCCAGUCCUCUGACUCUGGAGAGUAUUACUGUACAGCUGACAACCAGCUGGGGAAGAAGACAUCUGAAUACAUCUUCAUUGAUGUGAAAUAUGCUCCAAAGUUUCCCUCUGUGUCAGUGAGUCCCUCUGCUGAGAUAGUGGAGGGCAGUUCAGUGAAUCUGACCUGUAGCAGUGAUGCUAACCCACCAGCUAAUUACACCUGGUACAAGGACAACCAAACACUGCUUCAAAGGUCAGAAGGUCAUUUUCAUUUUACCUCCAUAAGCUCUGAGGACACAGGGAUCUACUACUGCAAGUCUGAGAAUGAAUAUGGACAGAUUAAGUCUUCAUUUCUAUUCAUUGAUGUCCAGUAUGGACCAAAGCUUCCCUCUGUGUCAGUGAGUCCGUCUGGUGAAAUCAUUGAGGGCAGUUCAGUGACUCUGACCUGUAGUAGUGAUGCUAACCCAGCAGCUAAUUACACCUGGUACAAGAAGAAUGUAAAUCCAGACCUUCAACCUCUCAGUAAAGAACCACAGCUUGUCUUCAGCUCCAUCCAGUCCUCUGACUCUGGAGAGUAUUACUGUACAGCUGAGAACCAGCUGGGGAAGAAGACAUCUGAAUACAUUUUUAUUGAUGUGAAAUAUAGUCCAAAGCUUCCCUCUAUGUCAGUGAGUCCCUCUGGUGAGAUAGUGGAGGGCAGUUCAGUGACUCUGACCUGUAGCAGUGAUGCUAACCCAGCAGCUAAUUACACCUGGUACAAGGAGAAUGAAGACUCACCAAAAGCAUCAGGACAGAUCUUCACCAUCACUGAUGUCAGACCUGAACACAGUGGGAAUUAUUCCUGUGAAGCCCAGAACAGAAGAGGACGUCAUAACUCCACCUUACAUCUGACUGUUGUGAAAGGAACAGGAAAAUCAAUUAUUGCUGGAGUAACAGCUGCUGUUCUCCUGCUUAUCAUAAUCCUCUCUGUCUUCCUAUGGAUGAGGAAAAAGAGAGCCUCCAAUCAAUCGUUUGAGGCUGAGGAGAGACCAGACGACAGAGAGAGGACACAGCCAGAGCAAGACAACCUUCUGUAUGCCAGCGUGCUCUUCUCCAACAACCAGGCAGAUCCUCUCUACUCCAACAUCAGAUCAGCUCAGCUCCACAGACAGAUGGAGGAACAAGAGGUUACCGAGUACGCUGCUGUUAACUUUAACAGAGCUGGUAAUGCCCCGAGAGCCAGAGGUCAGGAAACUGGGGAAGAUCCAUCUGCACUGUACAGCACAGUCAACAAAACCUCAUGA